AUGGAGGCAUAUGAGACACUUGGCAUACUGGGAGAAGGCACUUAUGGUGUUGUUUUGAAGGCAGUCCAUCGCACUACCGGGAAACUUGUUGCGAUUAAAAAAUUCAAGCAAACAGAUGCGGAUGAUUAUGUCCAUAAGACGUCUUUGCGUGAGGUCCGUAUACUAAAGCAGCUGCAUCACCCUAACGUGAUUUCCCUCUUUGAUGUGUUUCGGCGUAACGAUAAGCUUUAUCUGGUCUUCGAGCUUGUAGAGAACACGAUCUUGCAGCUUCUAGAGAGGACCCGUACUGGUAUGGAUCCACAGGAUGUGCGACGCUACGCAUAUCAGAUCUUGCGCGGUAUUGAUUACUGCCAUGCACACAAUGUCAUCCAUCGAGAUGUUAAACCGGAAAAUAUAUUAGUAUCCCGCGAUGGGUUUCUAAAAAUAUGCGACUUUGGCUUUGCAAGACACUUGACAGUGGGGGGCAAGUACACAGAUUAUGUUGCAACGCGGUGGUACCGAGCACCUGAGUUAUUGGUUGGGGACGUCUACUACGACCGCAGCGUAGACGUGUGGGCGAUUGGGUGCAUCAUUGCGGAGCUUACCAACAGCCUACCGCUCUUUCCUGGUGAGUCUGACCUAGAUCAGCUCUACUUAAUUCUAAAAACCUGUGGCCCACUUCCGGAGCGUAUGGUCCGAACUUUCGAGAGAAAUCCACUCUUUCGUGCCGUAUCUUUUCCCCACACUGAAGUGCAACUUACGUUGCAGCAGCGCUUUCCAAAUCAACCACCAGAAUUGCUGGAGUUUCUGUCGGCAUGCCUAAGUCUGGAUCCAGAAGACCGGCCAUCUUGUGCAGAUCUGAUGAACUUUUCAUACUUUCAAAAGAAUAACUUCCAGGCUGAAUAUGAGGCGGAGCUUCAGCGCACGGCUGCUUCUUUGUGCAGAAGGGCAAGUACUGAGUUCAUCAUGGCCCCCUUGUCAUCCAAGGCACCGACAAUACCGAACUCUACCAGGAAUCCGCUAAACCCAUUUGACGUCAACUACGAUAAGUCGAUGAACAAUGGGCACGAGAGAAAGCCAAACACUCAAGAACAAAAAGUGAGCUCCAGAGAGCCAGCUGAUUCAUUUUUUUUGCCGCUACCAUUGGCACACAAAUACACAACAGAACAGUCUGAGGCAAGCGAGGGAGGCCGAUUACCUAGUAUUAUAGACAAUUUACCGUGCACGUCAUAUCACUCGUCCCAGCGAGAGGGCCAAGGUGUUGUAAAGGGUGAUACUCUUGAAGCGGGUGGCGAGUUGGUUAUUCAUGACAAAUCCAGGGAAAAGUCACCACCUCCGCUUCCCAACGAUCCAAAGCCAGUACAAAGCAGUACUAACACUGACAACUCCCACCGUGGCAGCAUAGCUGCACGGAUUCCCUCUCUUGAUGUUUUGUGGUCCAAGUAUUUGUCCUCCAGCAUGCAGAUGAGCGGUGGCCCCGACUCUGCGUCUAAGAUGCCUCCUAUUUUUAGUAAUGUUACUAACUUGAGUACUACGACAACCGGGGGCGUAGCCGGAAGUGUGCAGCCCAAUAUGGCACAGCGCCAAUUUGUAACAGCUGUGGUGGGCGACGAGGACGGUCCACUGCAGCUGGCCCCAUCUCCUCGUUCGAAACAACAGCGACUUGGGGAGACCAAUUCCAUUCGUACCUCCAGCCCCAAAGCUCCGCCGGCACACGACGCAGGGGGUAAGCACCAGAUUGAUCGCAAGAAAAUCUCGACGAAACCAUACCGUAUGCCAUUGUCUGAGGUGCAACUAGGAAGUUCAACCUGUAACUCAAAUGUCAACGCUACCAUUGUUUCGUUGCCGAAUAUGGGCUUUGCUAAAGGGGAAGGUCUGUCAGGGAGUCAAACGUUUUGUCACGCUCCGAAACCAAACCAGGCAAGCACGAAACAUUUUAGUAACAAUUCUGGAGACAUUCUCAAUACAAAUCCGUCUCCUGCGUAUUUAGCACCGUUGACUGGAAGGGACGACAUCAACAAUGUGGAUCCACUUUCAUCUAAGGAAUUCGACCCUAAGGUCGCCAAGCGUGCCACUAAUGCUUUGAAGGUCCUUUCCAGUAUCGGUGAUAAUACUUUGUAUACUCUAAAUGGAACCACCAUGGACAGUAAAGCAUCUAGAGGCAAUAAAUCAACCUCCAAGCUUCACUUAGAGCAGCAACAACAUAUGCAGCGACUUCCGAUGGGUGGGAUCUAUCUAUGGCGAGAAGGUCUCAGCCAGGCUCACGAUCCAUCGACCACAAUCAAGGGUAUUACACCAGGAAAAACGGUUCCCCGUAAAGCAAAGUCUAAAAACACUCUGCAGACACCCCGAAAUGAGGGUGUCCCUCACUUAUGGCCGCAAUCAGAGCCAUUUUUACCAUCUUCACCAAAGUUCAAUUGUGAGUCAAAGAUCCCAGAGAAUAUCAUGAGCGAGUGUUCACCGUAUCGUGGCACAUCUAUCUUGAAUCUUCACAAAACUCUGUUGAAUUCAACGAGAAAUAUAGGUAACUAUGCGCCUACUUCUCACGACCAACAUCCUAACUCUUCUCUGAACAAUACUCUCACUGCGACAGUCACGGCAUCUAUGAUGAACACUACAACUAAAGUCGACACAAAGCCUAUCAGCACCCGCUACAAAGCUCCACAUCAAGAUUCACUGCGUCAUCAGCGUUCAAAGGACACAGGAGACGUGUCGAUUUAUCGAAAAAUGGCUGAGGUCGGACAUAGUCACAAACUUAGUCCGGUUCGACAGCGGGGGGUAAACGCUACAGGGACGUUUCAUCAUUAUAAUAGCAAGGAAUCUAGUCGUAGGGGUGUGAGUCGGCAAACGUUUCCGCACCUGGCAUGUGAACCUUCAUAA